CAUCCGUUGACUACUGACGAGUCUUGCACUGAUCGUGUUCGGGGAACUGUUUGAACAAUCUAAAUCAAAUUCCAUGAGCCCACCUAUAAAAUCAUCGUCCUCUUGUUCACGGAUCUCAACUUUCUGAAAAUUAUAUUCUGGGUUUCGCAACUGUUUAAACAAUCACGUAGUUUCCUUUAGGUGUACAACAUUUUAAGCAUAAGGAGUCAGGAAAUCAGAUUUGCAAGAAGAGGAAACAACAAGAGUCGAUCCUCUGCUGAUACCUCAAGAACUGGCACUCAGGAUACUGUUGCUUCUACUAUGGACGGCAACAAUGGGUUCACAUUUACUGAAGUAAAUUCAGUUAAAGCGAGUUCUAUGAAAGUAAUCUCUUGCCACUUUUCAGCAGAUGGAAAAUGGCUUGCUACUGCUGGCCAUGAUAAAAAGUGUGAACACUUGGGAAAAAGAAGGGAAGGAAAGACUACUUCCAAUGUUUCUUCUGGAUCAUGCCAAGCUUAAACAGAAUGUAAUUUUGUUUGCCUGUUUUUCUGUGAUGCAGGCUGUACUGUGGUAUACAGAUGGGUUAAAGCCAAAAUCUAUAUUUGAAGGGCAUUCAUCUUUGAUUACAGAUGUCUGUUUCAGUCCAGUCUUGCCAUAUCUUGCAACAUCUUCAUUCGACAAAACUAUAAGGGUCUGGGAUGCUGGCAGUCCUCAUGACUCCUUACAUACUUUUAGGGGACACUCUACUUGUGUUAUGUCAGUAGAUUUCCACUCAAACAGAGAUGACCUUAUUUGCUCUUGCGAUGGGAAUGGCGAGAUACGAUACUGGAGUAUUACUAACAGUAAUUGUGCAGGAGUUUUCAAGGGCGGUACGGCCCAGGUGAGAUUUCAACCCCGUCUGGGGAGGUAUCUUGCUGCAGCUGAGGAUUUUUCUGUGUCCAUACUAGAUGUUGAGACACAAGCAAGUAGACAGUUACUACAGGGACAUGUCAAGCCAAUUCAUUUUCUUUGCUGGGAUCCUUCAGGCGAGUAUUUAGCAUCAGUGAGUGAGGACUCUGUCAGAAUAUGGAGAGUUGGAUCAGGGGAUGAAGGAGAAUGCAUUCAUGAGUUGAGAUCUAAAGGCAACAAAUUCCAUUCCUGUGUUUUUCAUCCCACAAACCCUUCCUUGCUAAUCAUUGGCUGUUACCAGUAUCUGGAACUUUGGAACAUGACUGAAAACAAGUCUAGGAGCGUUCCUGCUCAUGAAGGAUUAAUUGCUUCCUUGGCUGUAUCAACUGCUACUCGAAUGGUUGCUUCUGCUAGUCAUGAUAAGUUUGUGAAGCUGUGGAUUUGAGUCUGCUAUUUUCAUUAUCAUCUACGAAAUGCUUCUGCUUCAUUUGGGUUGCUUAAUUUCUCCAUUUUGUGUUUUGACCUAGUUGAGGUCCUCAACACUUGAAGCUAACCCUGUUUGACACGUGGCAGUGCUUUUAACCUUCAACUGAAAGUUCAUUGAGCUUUAGACUUUUUGGGAUUUUCUCACUAAUAAAACAAAUGAUCCUCCUUUUGUUUCCUGCAAA